AUGGUGCCUCGCGACCCGUUCUACCGGAGGCCCAUUCAAGAUCUGAGUUUGCAUCCGGAUCCUUUCUGGGGCCUGCCGACAAGCAACGUAGACUGGUGUGAGGCGAACUAUGCUCACACUCGCUACGUUGCUGAAUUCUUCAACACGCUUUCAUCUCUUCCGAUGGUGGCGGUCUCUCUCUGGGGUCUCUACCUCUGCGCCACGUACCGUCUGGAGCCCCGCUUCUACCUCUGCUGGGCCGGCAUUGGUGCCGUAGGCAUUGGUAGCCUGGCCUUUCACGGCAUGCUCCACCCAGCUGGGCAAGCCACGGAUGAGCUCGCAAUGAUCUGCGCAAGCCUCGCGUUUCUGUACGUCGUCCUGGAGGUGGGUCACUUGGAAGCGCGCCGCCCAUGGCUGCCGGCACUUGAGAUGGUGUACGCCGUCGGCUUCGCUGUGGCAUACUUUACCUCGCCCUUCUUCUUCCCCUUCUUCGUGGCCGCCUACGGCGCAACGGUGCUACUCAUCAUCUUCCAGGAUCAUAACUGCAGUGAAUAG